CUUCCGGCCCUAUCUCUAGCCGAGUCUCCACUCUUUCCUGCAGGUCAAACCCAAGGUCGCAGCGGCUUGUCGAUCUGGCCCGUAGCAACUCAACUCUGCCGAUGGCGGAGGGGCGCGGUGUCGUUUGGCCGCUCGGCCUCCCACUCUCACUCGGGUUCACCACUGGAGUCUCUCCACGCCGUCUCGGGGCGAGUCCACCGCUAAGGUUCAGAGGCCCAUCAAGUACAGCUUGUAUCUCGGCCUUGCCGACUCAAUUGAGACUCAAUGGCCCGUGACGGCGCAGAACACAGCCGUACCCAAAGUGCGACGGUCUCAGUCCAAGAGGUAGACGAGACAACUCCCCUCCUAGGGGCGGAGGCGCAGAAGCCUGCAUACGUGACCUCACCCAAUGCCGUGGACGACGACUUAUGGCGACCGUCACCAGGCUUCUGGUGGAUUGAAACAGCCCUGUGGGCCAACGUGUUCCUCUCGGGGUUCGACGGUACCAUCACAGCCUCGACGUAUGCCGCCAUCAGCUCCGACUUCCACGCCGCCAACGACGCCGCAUGGCUGACGACGUCGUGCUUGAUCACGAGCACGGCGUUCCAGCCGCUGUAUGGCCGGUUCUCCGACAUGUUCGGGCGGCGGAUAUGCUUCUUCAUAUCAACAGUGACUUUCAUGGUCGGCUGUUUCGGAUGCUCGGUGGCUGAGAGCAUGUUGGUGCUGAACAUUAUGCGAGCCGUCACUGGCUUCGGAGGCGGCGGGCUAAUCACGAUGGCGACCGUGAUCAACUCGGACAUGAUUCCCUUCAAGAAGAGGGGCAUGUACCAGGCCAUGCAGAACAUCCUCGUCGGGUUCGGUGCUGUGUUGGGGGCGUCGCUUGGAGGUGUAAUUGCGGAGAGCAUCGGAUGGCGUUUUUGUUUUCUGCUUCAGGUUCCGGUGUCAGUGCUUGCCCUUGUCGUCGGUUACCUUGUCCUGGAGAAUCCCCCACGCAUGGUCCCAACGCUGGAAGCGAAGCGUCCGCUUCUGUCUGCUCUGCGGCAUCUAGAUCUCGCAGGAGCUGUGGUUCUGGUCCUCGGUCUGGUCGCCCAGCUCCUGGGGCUGAGCCUGGGCGGCAAUGACUUCCCCUGGGCAAGCCCGGUUGUGAUCGGCUCGCUGAUGGGGAGUGUGGUCUUGUUGCUCGUGUUCGUUGCGGUUGAAGCCACGACCAAGGCAAUCCCCAUGAUCCCGCUGAGGAUGCUGAGAGGCUGGCAGCCCACCGCUGUCCAGCUGACCAACGUGUUCUCCGGCAUGGCAGCGUACGCCUAUAUGUUCAUGGUGCCGCUGUACUUUCAGGCCGUCCGCGGCGACUCGCCAUCCGAAGCAGGCUUUCGGUUGAUCAUUCCGUCACUCGCGACUCCGGUUGGUGGUGUUCUUGCCGGCACGCUCAUGCAUCGUGGUUACCCGCUGUGUCUGAACGUCCGCCUUGGCACCGCCACGAUGCUGCUGGGCAAUCUACUUGCCCUGACGAUGGGAAUGUCGGGGAGUCGGUGGAAGGAAUUUGUAUAUCUGGUGCCAGCGAAUCUGGGGCUUGGUCUGACAAAUCCGAGCGUGCUCUUUAGCUUCGUGUCCCUCUUUGAGCACAGGGAGCAAGCGGUCGCCACCUCAACGGUGUACUUAAUCCGGUCCAUGGGCACCAUCUACGGCGUUACCAUCACUUCGGCCAUCGUUCAGAACGUGUUGCUCGCGAGGUUGCCCGAGACGCUUGGGGAUGCAGCUACUGAUGAGCUUGUGGAGAGGUUGCGGAAGUCUCUUUUCUCGCUCGAGGAGCUCGCUCCCGAGCUGGAGUGGGCAGUACGGUCUUUGUACUGCGAUGCACUCAGGAUAGCGUUUGCGGCCUCGAGUGCCUUUGCCUUGUUGGCCUUCAUGUUCUCGCUAGCGCACAAGACAGGGUCGAUGCAGAGGAAACGCGGUGAUAAUACCACUGAGGACGAGGUUGGCGAUGCCAAGGACGGCCAGAGACCUGAAAGUGGUUGUUGAUCUCUUGGAUUCGGGAACCUGGGGCAAUCUUGAGGAAGCCGAGAUACUGUGUUCAACUCAGGGAAGGAGAGGAGUGAGGGAGCCCCCGGGGCAGACAGAGUCUCGGGAAACAAGACUCAGGUACUGUCAGGGUUGGGUUGUGAUGGGCGGUCGCUUCCUGUUUAGCCGUGUUCGUCAGCCCUCCCAGAAAUUGCGUGAGCGGCAGCUCCUUCCCAAAACACCACCAUGCCUCCCCCACACGACCGGCCGGCCUGAGACAUUUUCGGUGGCCCAGCAGAUGCUUGGUCUUCAACGAAUCUUCCUACUAUCUGUUAGUUACUGUGAUAAAAGCCCUGAGUUGCGCCCCGACCGCACUCAAGUCACCUGAACAAGC